GCUGCUCCAGCUGCUGCUCCUGCUGGGGCCGUGGCUGGAGGCUGCGGGCGUUGCGGAGUCGCCGCUGCCUGCCGUGGUCCUUGCCAUCCUGGCCCGCAAUGCCGAACACUCGCUGCCCCACUACCUGGGCGCGCUGGAGCGGCUGGACUACCCCCGGGCCAGGAUGGCCCUCUGACGGCCCUGCCAGCCCGAGCCCCCAGAGAGGACCCUGAGCCCCCUGCUGGGAGACCACAGACCUCUGAGGCCACAGGCCGACGCGGGACACCCACCCCUCCUUCUGGUCCCCUACUCCUUCCUCUUGGGGCCUUUCCUGGGUGUAGGUUGGGCCCAGCCAGCCCUUUUCACCCCAGCCUUCAGGGCCCAGCUCAACCCCGGUGGGACCUAUGGUUGGCUGGAUUUGAAGAGGAGCAGACAGGAACCUUUGAGUCCCCUGGGGCCCAAUGUGGCAGGGAUCGACCAGGCUGGAGGCUUCCGGGCACAGGUGGGGGGUGCCAUCAGCACUGGGCUCCGGGCUGUGCAGGGGAGUCAGACCGGCCCCCCCUCUGUCGGGGCUAGGGCCAGCUCUCUUGGUAGAGGGGCAGGAUCCUGUCAGCCAAGGGCAGUCCCCCUUGCUGGAGCCUCUCCCCUCUGGCAUCUCUGUACCCACAGGGCACUGGGAUCGAAGGCCACAACUCCUGGUCUGUAGACACCAGAACAGGGAGGAGUCCCUGGCUGAGGCUGGGGGUAAACAGAAAAAUGACAAGCCACCCUCUACAACACACCACAGUUGGGCUGGGGGGGUGGAGCCCUGGCCUGGGGAGGCCGCCCACAAUUACCACAGUUUGGGAGUUUGUUAGUUCCCACCCCUGUAAUACUUGACACGUAGUCUUCAUUUCUGGGGAAUUGGCUUAAAGGGGCAGCAUCACCCAAAACCUGGGCACUUGGCUAAACCCCCACCUCUGUUAUGGGAGCCCCUUCCCCAGGAGAGGGGAGGCUGUGCCCCAUGACAACGGAGUUUGGGCCCAUCUGCAUUCUCAGGGAUGCUCAGAGCAUGAUUUGGUCCGUAUUACAACCUGGGGGUGGAGGAAAGCAGCAGCUCUUCUGUCUAGUCCCCAUUCAGAGAGGUACAGGGGCUGGCCUGUGGUCACACAGCCACAGGUCACACAGGUAGGUAUCCGCCCACCUACCAAAGGUAACCAGGGAAUGCAGCAGGUGUGAUCCUUAAAGUCGAGGUACUUUUCAUCUUUCAAAAUGCAUUUGUUGGCCAGGUGUGGUGGCUCACGCCUGUAAUUUCAGCACUUUGGGAGGCCAAAGUGGGCAGAUCACCUGAGGUGAGGAGUUCAAGACCAGCCUGGCUAACAUGGCGAAACCCCGUCUCUACUAAACACACAAAAAUUAGCCGGGCGUGGUGGUGCACGCCUGUAAUCCCAGGUACUCAGGAGGCUGAGGCAGGAGAAUCACUUGAACCCGGGAGGCGGAGGUUGCAGUGAGUCGAGAUCACACCACUGCACUCUAGCCUGGGCGACAGAGCAAGAUUCCAUCUCAAAAAAAAAAAAUGCAUUCAUCUUUUCUUAUCUUGGUUCAUGACAUAGGCAGGACAGCUUAAGUUAUAGAAGGAGGACGUGAAGCCCAGAGAAAGAUGGGACUUGCCUGAGGUCACACAGCAGGUCACAGAACUGUGAUGGGGACCUGGCUGUGCUGCCUCCAGCCUCUCUACUGUAGCACGCCUACCCUUCACUGUUCCAAGGAGAGCUCAACCUCAAAGGUGUUGGUGCUUUGGGGUCAAGGCUGCCUUGGGGUUCAAUCCUUCUGUGGCUGUGCCCCCUCAGCCUUUUUUCUUCCCGUCCCCAGGUGUGCCACGGAUCACAAUGUGGACACCACCACAGAGAUGCUGCAGGAGUGGCUGGCGGCUGUGGGCGAUGACUAUGCUGCCGUGGUCUGGAGGCCUGAGGGCGAGCCCAGGUUCUACCCAGAUGAAGAGGGUCCCAAGCACUGGACCAAAGAAAGGCACCAGUUUCUGAUGGAGCUGAAGCAGGAAGCCCUCACCUUUGCCAGGGACUGGGGGGCCGACUACAUCCUGUUUGCAGACACAGACAACAUUCUGACCAACAACCAGACUCUGCGGCUUCUCGUGGGGCAGGGGCUUCCAGUGGUGGCCCCAAUGCUGGACUCCCAGACCUACUACUCCAACUUCUGGUGUGGGAUCACCCCCCAGGGCUACUACCGCCGCACAGCCGAGUACUUUCCCACCAAGAACCGCCAGCGCCGGGGCUGCUUCCGUGUCCCCAUGGUCCACUCCACCUUCCUUGUAUCCCUGCGGGCUGAAGGGGCAGAUCAGCUUGCCUUCUACCCCCCACAUCCCAACUACACGUGGCCUUUCGACGACAUCAUCGUCUUCGCCUAUGCCUGCCAGGCUGCUGGAGUCUCGGUCCACGUGUGCAAUGGGCACCGUUAUGGGUACAUGAAUGUGCCGGUGAAAUCCCACCAGGGGCUGGAAGAUGAGAGGGUCAACUUCAUCCACCUGAUCUUAGAAGCACUAGUGGACGGCCCCCCCAUGCAGGCCUCCGCUCAUGUGACUCGGCCCUCUAAGAGGCCCAGCAAGAUAGGGUUUGACGAGGUCUUUGUCAUCAGUCUGGCUCGCAGGCCUGACCGUCGGGAACGCAUGCUCACCUCGCUCUGGGAGAUGGAGAUCUCUGGGCGGGUGGUGGACGCUGUGGACGGCCGGAUGCUCAACAGCAGUGCCAUCAGGAGCCUCGGCGUAGACCUGCUCCCGGGCUACCAGGACCCUUACUCGGGCCGCACUCUGACCAAGGGCGAGGUGGGCUGCUUCCUCAGCCAUUACUCCAUCUGGGAAGAGGUGGUUGCCAGGGGCCUGGCCCGGGUCCUGGUGUUUGAGGAUGAUGCGCGCUUUGAGAGCAACUUCAGGGGGCGGCUGGAGCGGCUGAUGGAGGAUGUGGAGGCAGAGAAACUGUCUUGGGACCUGAUCUACCUCGGGCGGAAGCAGGUGAACCCUGAGAAGGAGGCGGCCGUGGAGGGGCUGCCGGGCCUGGUGGUGGCCGGGUACUCCUACUGGACGCUGGCCUACGCCCUGAGCCUGGCGGGAGCCCGCAAGCUGCUGGCCUCACAGCCUCUACGCCGCAUGCUGCCCGUGGAUGAGUUCCUGCCCAUCAUGUUCGACCAGCAUCCCAAUGAGCAGUACAAGGCACACUUCUGGCCACGGGACCUGGUGGCCUUCUCCGCCUGGCCCCUGCUCGCUGCCCCUACCCACUAUGCCGGGGACGCCGAGUGGCUCAGUGACACGGAGACAUCCUCUCCAUGGGAUGACGACAGCGGCCGCCUCAUCAGCUGGAGCGGCUCCCAAAAGACCCUGCGCAGCCCCCGCCUGGACCUGGCUGGCAGCGGUGGGCACAGCCUCCUACCCCAGCCCCGAGAUGAGCUCUAGGUCCAGGUGAUGAUUGCAAAGAGUGCCCAGGAGCAGGCCACUACUGCCCAAAGAGCAGAGGAGGAGGUUGUUGGCAGGGACCACAGAUCCAGUCAGACCUGGCCAACACCUUGGGCACAGCCACUCUGCCCUCUGGACCUGUCUUUCAUCAGGAGAAACCACUCAGAGAUGGAUCCCAUUCCCUAAAGGUCUCACAGCAAAGGAGCAGGACUCCCAGGCCCCUGGGCCCUGCCUGGCCUGAUUCAGGGCCUGGUGGCCCCCAGCCUUCUGUUUCAAGCUGGGCAGACCCCAGGAGCCCUUCCCUCCCUAAGGACUCAGCUGAGGGGCCCCUCUGCCCCCUUCUACCUCCACCUCAGCACCCUCCCCCAGCUUGAUGUUUGGAUCUCCCCAGCACCCUCCUCACUGGCUGGUGUAAAGUAUAGGGAGGUAAAGGAGGACCCUUGCAGACCUGUUGCCCAGCACACAGUAGGCCCUCAAUAAAAGCCAUUUGCACUUUAAAUAUA